AUGGACCACGUAAAAGUGUACGGUAACCGUGGACACAACCAACCGUGCAUCCAUAAUGGGACAGAGCGCUGCUUCAUCACCAGUCAGAAUCACGGCUUCGCUGUCGACCCUGACACUUUGCCCAAAGACUGGGACGUGCUCUUCACAAAUGCUAACGACCACACCAACGAGGGCAUCGUACACAACACAAAGCCUCUGUUCAGGAAGGCCGUCUGUGCCGGGAAGGAGUUUCAUGAGCGGGAGGCCAGCCGGAGGCAGAGGGAGACGCCGUCUGACUGUGUGAUCAACAACAUGGCUCUGCUUCAGCAUCCCCGGCUGCUGCUCGCCUGUGUAGGGCUGCUGCUGCUGCUCACCUUUGACAGCAUCGACGCUCGAUCUUCGCCUAUAUCGGACUUGAAAUCCAAAAUAUCCGGGGUGGAGGAGCUCUUGGAGGAAUUCCGCAAACAGCUGCAGCAGGACCAGACCUACAGGACAGGUGAAGUGAUGGACUCCUGCGUGGGCGACUUCAGUGCCGCGGGGGAUCGCAUCAUCCGGGCCAAGGACUCCAUCGAGCAAGGAGCCACCUUCCUGCUGGCCCCGGACAGGGUGUACACCAGGAAGGACUGUGUGCACGCCUGCUGCUCCCAGCCUCACUGCACAGUUGCGGUGCUUCACGAGGACCAAAGGCAGCCCGGGGACAGUCUCCGCUGCUACCUGUUUAACUGCACCUACAGGAGUAAGAAUGUGUGCGCCUUCUCGGCUCAGAAAGGCUUCACGACAUACAGCCGGACUCCCAACACAACGCAGGGACACCUCCCUGUUUCAUCUAGCGACUCAGCCCGGAGGCCCGGAGAAGAAGCUCCUGAUGAGGAUGAUGCAGACGUGGAUGAGCCUCCUCGCAGUGACGCUGGACAGGAUGUGGUUAUCCAGCUGCCCACAGAUUGGGCUGUGCUGGAUGGCCGUGACAGCGUGGACGACCACGGGAUCCGCCGCUAUGAGUGGAGUCUGAUUAAAGGAGACACAGCCAUCAAUAUGAAGUCAACACAUCCAGGUUUGCUGAAGAUCAGUGGCCUCCAGGAAGGAGUCUACACGUUUCAGAUGACAGUCACUGACACGGCGGGACAGAAGAGCUCCGAUAACAUCUCUGUCACCGUACUGGCUCCAAAACACCAAGCAGAAGUAUGUACCGGUCACUGCUCAAACUACCAAUUUAAGUGUGAUGACGGUUGCUGUAUUGACAUCACCUAUGCCUGCGAUGGGAAGCAGCACUGUCCAGACCGCUCAGACGAAGACUUCUGCCCAAACUUCGAUGGCAGCCGAAAGUCAGUGACCCACGCUGUGGACCUGCCCAGCCCUCAGCGGCCUGUCGCUCAGACAAAGAAAGCUGAAGACGACUCCAUGCUCCCGACUGGAGCCAGAAAGACCAUCACACCGCAAGACACAAGCAAGGCGGCUCCUUCUCAAAGUGCCAGUGAGCAGGAAGCUUCAGUCAGUCAAGACCCAUGUGCUGCUGCUCCAGUUGUGGGACCCUGUAAAGGCACCUUCCCACGGUGGUACUACGACCAAAAUGUGGGAGAGUGCAAACACUUCCUGUAUGGAGGCUGCCAGGGAAACCACAACAACUUCCUCCAGGAGUUGGACUGUGUCAGUGAAUGCAUACAAAAAGUCCAGCUUUCAGACCUGCCAGUGUGGCUCCUCCAGUCACCAAGCAGACUGAGAUAG